ACCGCAGGGCGGACGGUGGGCUUCUGCACUGCGAUCUCCGCGCGAGUAAGAUGAACGGGACGCGGAACUGGUGUACCUUGGUGGACGUGCGCCCGGAGGGGCAGACCGCGGGCAGCGUGGACAUUCUCAGGCUGGCUCUACAAAGUGAACUGACAGGAGAUGAACUUGAACACUUAGCCCAGAAGGCGGGCAGGAAGACCUAUGCUGUGGUGUCUGGCCGCUCAGCCAGUCAUUCCCUGGCCUCAGAACUGGUGGAGUCCAGUGAUGGCCAUGAGGAGAUCAUUAAGGUGUACUUGAAGGGGAGGUCUGGAGAUAAGAUGAUCCAUGAGAAGAAUAUCAAGCAGCUGAAGAGUGAGGUGCAGUACAUCCAGGAGGCCCGGAACUGCCUGCAGAAGCUCCGGGAGGACAUAAGUAGCAAGCUUGACAGAGAUCCAGGAGAUUGUCUCCAUGGACAGGAGAUACAGGUGGUGUUAGAAAAGCCCAAUGGAUUAAAUCCAAGCUCCACGACCCCAUAUAGCAGCCCACCUGAGGUAGAUGCCUAUAUAAAUGAAGAUGUCGAGAGCUUGAGGAAGACCGUGCGGGACCUGCUUGUCAAACUGCAGGAGGCUGAGCGGCAGCACCAGUCCGAUCGUGUGGCUUUUGAGGUCACACUCAGCCGGUACCAGAGAGAAGCAGAACAGAGUCAAGUGGCCCUUCAGAGAGCGGAGGACAGAGUGCAGCAGAAGGAGGCAGAUGUGGGAGAGCUCCAGAAGCGCUUGCUAGGCGUGCAGGCGGAGCAUCAGGCCUUACUGGUGAAGGUUAGGGAAGGGGAAACAGCCCUGGAGGAACUUCGGAGCAAGAACACUGACUGCCAAACGGAACGAGAAAAGGCUGCCAGUCUGGAAAAGGAAGUGGCUGGGUUGCGGGAGAAGAUCCACCACUUGGAUGACAUGCUGAAGAGCCAGCAGCGGAAAGUGCGGCAAAUGAUAGAGCAGCUCCAGAAUUCAAAAGCUGUGGUCCAGUCAAAGGACAGCACCAUCCAGGAGCUCAAGGAGAAAAUCGCCUACCUGGAAGCAGAGAAUUUAGAGAUGCAUGACCGGAUGGAACACCUGAUAGAAAAGCAGAUCAGUCAUGGCCACUUUAGCACCCAGACCUGGACCAAGACUGAGAACCUGGGCAGCGUGAGGAUAUCCAAGCCCCCCAGCCCUGAUAAGCCCCUGCCUCUUAUCCGAGUGGUGGAAACAUGAGCGGGAGGAGCCGGAUGCUGCUCUUGGUGCUACCUGUCGCCUGCGGAGAAGCCCGCCAGCCCCGCAGGCUCUUCGCCCCGACUUCGACUUCCUGGCCGCUCCCGGGCUGCACUCGGGGCUGGGCAGUUCACAUGUCCCACUCUUCCCAAACUCCUGUCCCCCGUCUGCUGGGCAGACAGAGGAUGAACACCUCCUCUGGACACCGCAGCCCUCUGGAGGACACUAACCGGCCAGCAAGAGCCAGGGCAGUAUCCUUAUUCCUGUAGUUAGUGUUUUUCUCUGUAGCAGAGCCUCCCUUCUCCUGUAGACUGGAGCUCAGCUGGCCCAGUAUCCAGGCCGUCACUGGGUUGGGAGACUCACCCGGCGAUGCCAGAGGCACCGCGGUCCACAGCUAUGGGAGGGCGGCCCGGGGGAAUGAAGUUCCCUCCACAAACACGGCUCAGCUCUUUGCAACACGUUGUUUGUUUUCCCACUCGCUCCGCCCUUAGCCCCUGCUGACCCGGGCCUCCUAUGGACAGACACAGCGGCCUGUCAUGGCCUGGGCAGAGCCAGCGAGCCUCAGCUUUGACCGGCCAGCCUUGUCUUCCUGGGAGAAGGAAAUGUACAUUCCGGGAGUAGCUUUUAGUGGAAAGAUUCUGUAGGGCCCCAGGUAGUUCCGUGUGACUCCUCUCUGCUGGGAAGCCUCCCGGCAUCUCAGGGUUUUCCCCUAAGAUGCAGUGCAAGGUACACGUCCGUCUUCUUGACUCAAGAGCCUAAAAACUGUUUUCACUGGGUUACAUCAAUUUCAGUGAAACUCUCAUUGUAUUUAUUUUGCUAAGUUAUUGGUGUUUUUCUUUACAUCUCACAACGGAUUUAAUACCAGAGUUUUACAGCCUUCUCUUGUGGUGUUUGGAUUUGCUCCGUGCUGGGAAAAAUGUGUUCCCACUGGACUUGUUGAUUUCAGAAGUAAAUCUUUUUCUCUUUUUCUCCUACCUCCUUCUUUCCCUUCCUCCUUCAAACCUGAUCUGAACUUCAGGAAGGCAAGCAUAUUUGCCCUGAGGCUUUGGGGUCUGAGUGUGUGUUGUUUGGGGGGAAGGGGUGAUCAGGACUCUCUUGGGUGGGAUUGAGUUCUUCUCCUCAGCCCUCUGCACCCUCUGCUCCACAGUCGGGUCUGUUUUUCUGGCUCUGAAUGACCCUGACACUCAUCGUGUUUUCUUUAGGGCUCUUCCUGCAGCCUCAAGGAGGAGAUAAGCAUCAGAAUGUGGUACUGUAGGGCACAGAAACAUUCAAAGUCAACAUGGAUCAAGUCUUUAGGUUCUACUUGGCUCAAAACCAGAAGCCCGACGUCUGUGUGUUUCUGUGUGUCAGGACUGGGCUGACAGGCCGGUGCUGUCCAGAAUGCUGUUCUGGUGUUCCUCAUUCACUUUCCUCAUUUGUAAAAAGAGGGGUCCGGAUGGUCUCCAUGGGCCUGUCCAGUUCUGAUGUUCUUUCCUGUGGCAUAGUCUUUGUAUGGCAAACUUAAUAAAAUAUGUUAAUGUGUCUCUU